UGGUUAUAACUGAAGCAGACAGGUCACUCGAGCAGAAACAUGUAUUUUCGACUAUUUUUUGGACAUAUACUCAGUGUUAAAGAUAUAGUGAUAAUAAAGCUUUGAGAUAUUCUAAUUAAGUAUUAUAAAGUACAAUGGUCACUAAAAUGUUCUUUGGUGGCUUUGCAAAAUGUUAUGAAAUCACAGAGUCAAAAUCACAUCAUGUGUUUGCCGGAAAGAUUGUACCGAAAUCUGUAAUCACCAAGAGCAAUCAAAAAGAGAAAAUGACUCAAGAGAUAGCAAUUCAUCAGACUCUGAGUCACAGACAUAUUGUUGGCUUUCAUGGUUUCUUUGAUGACUCUCACCAUAUUUACAUCAUCUUGGAGCUCUGUCGUAAGAGAUCAAUGAUGGAGUUGCACAAACGCAGGAAAGCGUUGUCAGAAUGCGAAACUCGAUAUUACAUGAAGCAAAUUUUGGAUGGAGUAUUCUAUUUGCAUCAACACAGAAUAAUUCAUAGAGACUUGAAGUUGGGUAAUCUGUUCUUGAAUGACGAAUUGCAAGUGAAAAUCGGUGACUUCGGAUUAGCAACUAGAUUGGAGCACGACGGCGAACGGAAAAAGACUGUUUGCGGCACUCCAAAUUAUAUAGCACCGGAAGUGCUGACCAAAGUCGGGCACUCGUACGAGGCCGACGUUUGGAGUAUCGGUUGCAUAAUGUAUACUCUACUCGUGGGUAAGCCGCCGUUCGAGACGUCGAGCUUGAAAGAGACAUACGCCAGGAUCAAGCAAGUGUACUAUAAAACGCCGACACACAUAAGCAAGCCCGCCAUGAACAUGGUGGCAAGAAUGCUACAAUUGAACCCAUCCAAGCGUCCUUCUGUCGCUAAGCUGAUGAAAGACGUUUUCUUCACUUCCGGAUAUUUGCCGACGAGUUUGCCACUUUCUUGUUUAACAAUGGCGCCUCGUUUGGACAUGCUGGAGUUGCAUUGUAGCCGCAAACCUCUUGGAGAAGUAAAUUUCAACUCGGAGACAGACAUUAUCCCCUUCCGAGUGCCGAGCAGCCCGUCUAAUAAACCUCCGAAACCCACUGACGUCAACGAGAUGCAGAGAAUGAAUCACGAUAUUAAGAAGAUGCUCCAUACAUUGAAAGAACAGUUGGCUGUUGUACUGAAAGCUAAGCCUGCCAGAGAGAUAGCAUCAUCAGCAGAUGAGAUGACUGAUCCAGCGAUGCAACCUGUAAUCUGGAUAAGCAAAUGGGUAGAUUACUCAGACAAAUACGGUUUUGGGUACCAGUUAUCCGAUAAUGGAGUCGGUGUGAUGUAUAACGAUGGUACGCGACUGAUAAUGUUACCGAAUGGUUUCAACAUUCACUAUAUCAACCGCGAAGGCGACGAAUUGUACUACACGGUGACAGCUUAUCCGGAUAAUCUCGAGAAGAAGAUGAAGUUGAUGAAUUUCUUCCUGAAGUAUAUGAACGAUCAUUUGAUGAAGGCAGGCGACUCCAUCGUAAUGAAACAGAGUGAUUCCAUCUCUAGAAUACCCUACAUGCAUCAAUGGUUCAGGACUCAGACGGCAGUCGUGAUGCAACUAACUAAUGGCACUGUACAGGUUAACUUCCUAGAUCAUACGAAAAUUAUUAUGUGCCCUUUGAUGGCGGCAGUCACUUACAUCGACCACGAGAAGAAUUUCAAGACUUACAGAUUCGAGACUAUUCAUGAGAACGGCUGUUGUAAGGGACUAGCGAAAAAUCUGAUGUAUGCGUAUGAAAAGCUCGGGCUGAUGUUGACGAGUCCUCAAGUCCGGUAAAAUUGUCCGUCCUGAGAGAGAAUUACAAAAAUAACAAGGAAGAAAAAGAAUAAGAGAUCGUAUGUUUGUGAGAGAAGGCGAGUGAGAAUAAGAAAGAACGAGAGAAGGUGAGAGAAGAAAUAUUAGAUGCCGCUCACUUAUCUGGCACCAAAAAAUUUAGGAACACCACAUAUAUAUAUAUAUUUAUUUUUUAGUAGCGCUAUCUUUGUAAACAAGAGAAAACUAACAUGGUAUUUGUACAGACAUAUAGACUUUUGCUAGGCAAUCUUUUUUUCUUCUUUCGUCCUUUCCCUUUUUCUUCUUUUUGUUUUUUUUUUAAUCGUUGAAUAGACGAAAUGAAAAGCCGGAGUAAAUGACAAAAGCUCGUCGCUCCAUAACAACAAGAAGGCGCUUCAGACGUUAUUAAGUGCCGUUCCUAGAAAUGUUACUCGUAGUUAAUUGAUUAGACUUUAUCGAUCUUCCGUCUAUAAGAUAUAACCGAGAUAACGCUGCGAGAAAAGUGUGACACUAAAAUCUCAGUUGUCUGAUGAUAUAUGUAUUAAGGGCAGGAUCCUGGAGAUAAAUUUAUAGAGUUCGUUAAUACCCACUCUCAUGCUGUAAUUUUUUAUCAUUUUCAAAAUUGCCGAUCCUGUCGAAGGCUUCUUAUAUUCCGUUCACCCGCAAGAACUGUCCACGGUAUUUUACUUUGACAUUACGAACGAAUCAUGCGCGACUUCGACUUUAUUCACUUCGAAGAAGAAAAAGAGGCAAAAGAAAAAAAGAAACUCGAUGAAGGCCUCGACGUCGGAGUUAAUCAUGAUUCGAUGGAGUAGUGCAAUUUAAUGUCUGAAUUUAUUGUAAUUGUGGAAUCAGGGAUAAAAAUGAUUAGAGAGACAGAAAAAGAAAGAAACGUGAGCAAAAGAGAGAGAGAGAGAGUGAGAGGGAAAAGGAAUAGACUAGCGAAGAGGCGACUGACGCGUAAGUGUUUAUCGUUUUUGAAAGUUCACUUGACCAAUAGCUUCUUGCUCGAACUUGUUCGAGUAAUUCAGGUGUUACACUUAGACCACGAGUGCAUUAAUCUCUAAACGAGAACUCUUGAAUGCCGGUAACAGCGACGUGCAUUAUGAAUUUUAGAUGCAUUUAGCGCAGAGGAGAUUAUUCGAGUUGAGUUUGUCGCGUAGUUCCUUCGUUUUUUUGCUUUUUUGUAAUGACUUGUAGUCGAGACUUAACUCUUAUGCGCGACUUAUGGAUAAUCGCAAAUGUGCCUUAUGAACGAAUACCUUACGGUUAAAUAAAUUGUACUUUUUCCUCUUGUUU